AUGCCUGGCAACGAUUAUCCAUUAAUCAAAACUCACACUUUCGUCAUAGAUAAUUUUACAUACAAAGCUAGUGCAAUCUUUUACAGUGAUACUGUACAAUUAUUCGUGACAUUUGAUGGGAAAAUUGGGAACCUUGUCCAAUCUAGCUACAAUUUUGGAUGUUACGAUUGUAAAACACUAUUAGGCGAUAGAUCUCAGGAAUUUAAGGCUUUGUGUCGCUGUCUGAUUGAGAGGUACAAGGACUUCGCAUCAAUAAAAUCUCCCUUGGAGACCGAGUUGUAUCUACUUUUAUGUAUAAAGUUGCACGAAAACACAGAAUAUUCAAAUAAGCUAAUCCUCAAAGAAUUAUCUACUUUUUUUACGACACCAAAUGUAUAA